UUCCAACCUAAGAGUAUUCACUUUUUGACUCUCCACCGACUCCACCGACUCCACCAAGCUGCUGUACGUGUUGAGCUGAACCAGCACCAUGGGUAGGAGAUUGUCAGUGCUCUGCGGUUCCACUCAAAUUUUGCUUACACGACACGCUCAUUCGAUGGAGUUAACGCGAAAGCUAUACUACAGCUCACUGCUGUCGUAUUUUUCGAUCAGUGUUGGAGUGUUUCGCAAUGUCGGCAGUACGAGCAGGGUUUUGCCCACAGCGUUGAGACUUGAGAACAUCGAAACUUUGUCGCAUUCCCGUCGCAUCCCCGUCGCAUCAUCGACAAACCACAUUCAAGUUUGCACGCUACGGGUAGUUGUCAACCCACAACACAGUUCAACAAAGACAUGCCGCAAUCAAAAUCGAGAAUGGAGAUUGCACAUUUUUCACUCGAACCAUUGCGGCGCGGCGCAUCCAAUUUCCCCCGGACCGGAAAGCGCGGUCUCCGUGGGGCUUCCCAAACAAUUCAGGGACCAGAAGCCAUCACAAACGCCUUCUCCUAUGUAAUAUCUAUAAAACCCAAUUCUCUGCUUGUAAUGAUUUUUGUUGUGCUUGAGUAUACUUUGGGCUUUGUUGGUAUAUUUGUGCUUUCCAUUCUGUGUCUGCAUCAUGGUCGUCACAUCUUCUCACAGGUAAUUGAUUUCGCU